AUGUCGGAGGCGAAGCGGGUGCGCUUGGGGUUCGUGGGCGCGGGGCAGAUGGCGGAGGCGCUGGCGCGGGGGAUGAGCGCCGCGGGGGUUGUAGCAGCGAGCGACAUGAGCGCCAUGGAUCUCAGCCAGGAGCGACUGGCCGUGUUUGCCGAGAUGGGGGUGGCUGCUAAGACUACGUGCAAAGAGCUCGCAGCAGCCAGCGAUGCGAUUUUUAUUGCAGUGAAGCCCCACAGAGUGAAGGCCGCGCUGUCGGAACUGAGGGACAGCGCCGCCAACUUCGCUCCAUUCCCUCCCUUCCUUCCUGUCUCUCCCUUUCCUCUAUCCAUACAGCUUGCAGCAGCCAGCGAUGUGAUCUUCAUUGCUGUGAAGCCCCACAGAGUGAAGGCCGUGCUGUCAGAACUGAGGGACAGCGCCGCCAUCACAAGCACCCACCUGGUUGUGUCCAUUGCUGGCCUUCUCUCCAUGCCUCUUCCCUCCUUUCCCUGUCUUCCUUCCCCCAGCUCGCUGCAGCCACUUGCAGCAGCCAGCGAUGUGAUCUUCAUUGCUGUGAAACCCCACACGGUGAAGGCGGUACUAUCGGAACUGAGAGACAGCGCCGCCAUCACAAGCACCCACCUGGUUGUGUCCAUUGCUGCGGGAGUGACGAUUGCGAAUCUGCAGCAGUGGGCGGGUGACGAGGCGAAGAUUGUUCGAGUCAUGCCGAAUACCCCGUGCCUCGUGGGGCAAACAGCAGCAGCCAUGAGCCUGGGAGGCAAGGCGACAGCCGAAGAUGCAGCACUGGUGCAGCGCAUGUUUGAAGCAGUUGGGAAGAUACAGCAGGUGGAGGAGAAACUGCUGGAUGCGGUCACUGGGCUCAGUGGCAGCGGCCCGGCAUAUGUGUUCAUGGCGAUAGAGGCGCUGGCGGAUGGAGGGGUGGCUGCUGGCCUGCCAAGAGACGUUGCUCUCUCGCUCGCCGCUCAAACCGUGUACGGAUCUGCAAAGAUGGUAUUGGAAACGGGCAAGCACCCCGGCCAACUCAAGGACUCAGUGGCAUCUCCUGGAGGUACAACGAUUGCAGGCAUUUAUGCACUGGAGAAGGGAGGAUUCCGAGCGACGUUGAUGAACGCAGUAGUUGCAGCCACGGAAAGAAGCAAAGAGCUGUCAAAGUAG